AUGGCACCAAAGAAGAAAGAAGCUGAAGAUCCAGCAGUUCAAGAAUUGUUUGAUAGACUAGAACCAUUUUUUGAUGGGAUUCUUGUCUCAAUGAAAUCAUUUUCAUUGACUGAUCGAGCAAUGUAUCAACAAGUAUUUACAGAGUUCCUCACAUUGUCAGGAAGUAAUUUUUAUGAAGCAUUCAUUAAUAAAUUCAGAGAUAGAUUGAAAGAUGGAUUCCAAACAUCAAUGAAAAAGAUAAGAGAUGUUCCUAUUGAUGAAAACUUCCCAAAAAUUAUUAAAGAAGAUCUUGAUAGGUGGGAAUAUGCUAAGAGUGCCAUUUUAGUAUUAUUUAAGCCAUUAGAUUAUGCAAUGGCAAAUGGUGCUUCAUUAACAAUAGACAUAAUUGUUAAAGAUAAAUGGAACACAGAUUAUCUUCACACAUUAAACGAUACGUUUGAACUUACCACUACACUUACAAGAGUUUUUUCAGAUUCAAGAAGGAGUGGCAAUAAGAUGUCAGUAUUGCCAGUAAAAAAUAUUUUAAUGUUAUACAAAAGAGAAAAUAUUGUUACUCGUGGACAAGUUCCAUUAAUUAAGAUGUUUGAAGAUGCGUUUUGUAAAACAUCUAGUGAGGAUUAUAAAGUUUUUGCAACAGAAUUCUUUAAAGAAGGAGUUCAUGGAUUUUUACCACAAGCAAAACAAUUUAUGGAAGACGAAGAAUUUAGAAUUGAAAAUGCUAUGGAUGAUGAAAUUGGAGAAAAAAUGAACAAACAUCUUCAAAAUGACUUUUUGAAGGUUUCAUUACAAAUGGUUUAUGAAAAGUAUGAUGAAAUUCUUGAACAAGAUAAAGAAAUUGAGUUCCAAGCUAUUACUCGUCUAUUUGGUCCAAUUAACAAACUUGAUAAAUUCGCUGAAAAAACUAAAAAUUCAUUUAUGAAAGUUUGCCAAAAUAAAAUGGAGAAUGCAGUCAAACAAAGUCCAGAAUUUAUUAGAAAUUAUCCAGCAGUUGUUUCACUAUUAUUUGAAUUACUUGAUCGAUUAGAAAAAAUGCAACAAAGUUAUUUCCUUUCUAAUCCAAUAUUUAAGUCUAGAUUAGACACUGCUUUUAAAGAUGCUUUAAUUACAAAUAAAAUUGUUGAUCUUUCUGAUAAAAAAGAUGAGGUAUUUCCACGAAUUCUUGCAAAUUAUUCUCAUAUGUUAUUAAAAAAAGGAAGUAAAAUUGAACCUGAUCAAGAAAAAGUAAAAGAAAACAUUGUUAAAUUAGGUAAAGUACUUCAAUUUGUUGGAAAUAGAGAUGUCUUUGAAAUGGUAUAUCAAAAGAAUUUCCAAGACCGUUUGGUACUUGGACUAAUGGAGUCAUCUGAUUUAGAAAUGUAUAUGAUUAAUGAAUUGAGUAAUAUUUGUGAUAGACAAGUAUCACAUAAAUUACAUACUACUUUCCAAGAAUAUAACCAAUCUAGUGAUAUUCUUGAGAAAUUCAAAGGUUAUUGUACUAAAGGAAAUGUUCAAUUACCUAAAUUUGAUUUUAAUGUUGUUGUUUUUAGUAAUAGCUCUUCUCAAAAUCAAAAUGUUGCAUCAUAUAAUAUGCCUUCACAAUUAAAAGAAGUUUUUGAUAAAUUUAGUGAAUUCUAUAAAACUACUCAAAAUAAAAAAUUGACCUUAAAUCACACUUCUUCUACUGGAAUCAUUCAAUUCUCAUGGCUUAGAAGACCAAUUCAAAUUACUUGUAGAUUCUAUCAACUUGGAUUAUUAAUGUUGUUCAAUGAUAAUAAAGAAAUUACUUAUGCUGAGCUUGGAACAAAAACUGCUUUGAAUACCGAUGAUUUAGCUAUUUGUAUGUCUGGAAUGGUAUCAAAAGGGUUAUUGUCUAAUUCUACUGGAAAAGAGUUUAAACCAGAGUCUGUCUUCAAGUUUAAUAUGGCAUUUAAACCAAAAAUGACAAAAUUAAGCGUUAUGCAAGCAGAUAAAGAAUACGUAGAAAAAGAACAACAAAAGAAGAAUGAUGCAGAAAGUGAACAAUUAGAAGAAACAAGAAAUUAUGUCAUUCAAGCAAAACAAGUAAGAAUUAUGAAACAAAGAAGAACUAUGAAAUAUGUUGAUUUAAUUAAUGAAACAAUUGAACAUUUAAGAUCAAGAUUUAAUAUCACUUCUAGAAUGGCUAGAAAGAACAUUGAGUAUUUGAUUAAUAAAGAGUAUUUCAAGAGAUCUGAUAGUGAUAGAGAAGUAUUGGAAUACCUGGCUUAA